CAGCUUGUAUAAAUCGCAAUCAGCUGUUCACUGUUAGAGAAUAUUAAUAUUUUGGCUUCUGUUCCUACCUUUGUUAAAAGUGUCGAUAUUAACCAAGAAGGUGCUAUAAUAUUUACUAUUAUAGAUACAAAAUGUUCAGCAUUUUCUUUAAAAAUGUUAUGUCGAACACGACAUCGCCAGAUUCACGUACUACUUAUUUAGAUUCAUAGAUCGGUAAAACCCAGAAAUACCUGUUCCAGUAACCAUUGACAUAUCACUGAUCAGUGACUGUAGUGUAGGUAUUCACUAGUAGACGUUCCAACAAAGCAGGGAAAGGUGUGUUUUAUUAUUGUGUCUCAGAUUUAAAAAUAAUAAUGGAAAAUGAAAAGAAGAAGUAUAAUCAAAUGGAAAAUGUAUUGAAUAAAAUUAAUCAAAAGUACAUAUCACUACCGGAGGAUGAGAAAAAACGGAACAACAAAAUAUUGGAACAGGUAACUGAUCGAUUAGCUUCUUUGAUGAAAGACAAAGAUGUUCUGUUUAGAAGUACAUAUGAGAGAAAAUUUUACGGGGGAAGUUUCUACGACAAAAUUAAAGUUGGUAAACCCGAGGAGUAUGAUUUAGACCUUGUGUUAAAUUUACCGGCUAUAAUUGACCCCAUCCUGAAAUCUAGCGACAAACCAGGAUUUGUGAAUAUUCAGAUAACACAAUCGGAAUAUAAGAGACUGUCAAGCAGAAAGGAAUGGAAUAAAUUUAAAAAACUACAUGCAUUAAUGGACUCUAAAAAUUUCCUCUCGACUGUUAAAGUUUUGCAAUGGAUAGAAAGAACUAUACAUUUAAGCUUAAAUGGAUUAAAGAGGGAAAACGAUAAAUACUACAUAGAUGUUGACUUUGGUAACAGUGGUUUUAUUAGAAUUUAUGUAAUGAUCUCGAAGGCUCAUCCAGCUUUUACUCUAAAAUUAAGAAACGAAGAUGAGACAAUCAGUUUAGACAUCGAUUUGGUUCCCUGCUUUCAAUUUAAGGAAGACAAAUGGCCAGAAGAGGGUUACAGAAAAAAUCCUUUUCCUAAGAUUAGGAAUACAUUUCUAAUUGUCCCCAAAAAGCCUCAUGGAAUGGAAAACUGUGAUACUUUAGAAAGAUACUGGAGGCUGUCAUUUCAAGAACAGGAAAGAGAUCUCAUAACAGGCCAGGAGCUUAAAACAACGAAGCCGGCAAUUAAAUUAUUGAAAAAACUUCGUGAUAAACAGAACCACAUUAAAAUAGCGAGUUAUUACAUCAAAACUAUUUUUUUAUGGAAACUAGAAACGGAAGAAGUUGGAUUCUGGAAACAGUCUCUAAGCUACGUGCUCAUGACGAUGCUGCAGACUUACGCGGAUAUGAUUCAAAACAAAAAAGUUCCGUAUUACUGGAAUGACGGUAACAAUCUUAUUGGACACGUGAAGGAAGCUACAUUGAAAGACAUCGGGAAUACGUUAAGGAACAUAAUUGUUGACGUUGAGACUAACUUGGACGAUCCUUUUGUAAUCGCUAAAUAUUUGAUUACCCAAGAGCAACUUGACAAGUUAAGAUGCGAGGUAAUUUUGAGCAACAAAAGUAGGAGGAAGUUGAAAUACGCUCAGUCUCUAUUCUCUCCGUCUGCUUCACAUUAUUCAAGUCAAAGCCAAGAUCAGUCCCAAACAGAGAAAAUGAAAAGACUGAUGGUGGACAAAGAAUUUGUACAAGAAGUAUCUGAACACAUUGAAAAAUAUUUGCAACCCCAAUGGAAGGAUAAAGACCAAUUUUAGAUAUUAAUUAGGCGAGUUAAUCUUGAGACUGACAAUGUAGUUAAUUUUAUCAUAGAAUGUUUUUGUUUAUACAGGAUAUUUCAGAAUAACACACCAUAAAUUCUAGGCAAUACAACAUCAAAAUAUAAGAUUUUUUCUGA